CGCUCCCAAGCGCAAACCCACUCUUGGCGGAGGCAGUAAGAGAAGCAACAGCAAGGAGAAGCAGGAGCCGGACGACCAAAGGAGCCGAAUAGAAGCCUUCACCCUCGUCUUUGCUCCCUGGGGAUCAAUACAGCCGAGACAGGAAUGGCCGGAGGUAUAAGGAGCCCCGUUACUUUCUGGCUCGUCUGCUGCGGCAUCGCUUGCCUCCUGGGCUCCGCCCGCGCCGCCGAGCCCCAGGAGGACAGCCUCUACCUGUGGAUUGAUGCGCAUCAAGCCCGCGUCUUGAUCGGCUUUGAAGAGGAUAUUUUGAUAGUUUCGGAGGGGAAGAUGGCCCCAUUCACUCACGAUUUCAGAAAAGCUCAGCAGCGGAUGCCAGCGAUUCCAGUCAAUAUUCACUCCAUGAAUUUCACCUGGCAAGCAACCGGACGGGCUGAAUAUUUCUAUGAGUUCCUGUCCUUACGGUCUCUAGAUAAAGGGAUAAUGGCUGACCCAACUGUAAACGUCCCUCUACUUGGAAUGGUACCUCAUCAAGCAUCAGUUGUUCAGGUUGGAUUUCCUUGCCUUGGAAAACAAGAUGGUGUGGCAGCAUUUGAAGUUACAAUAAUUAUCAUGAAUUCAGAAGGCAAUAUCAUACUCCAAACACCACAAAAUGCCAUUUUCUUUAAAACAUGUCAGCAAGCUGAAUGUCCUGGAGGAUGCAGAAAUGGAGGGUUUUGUAAUGAAAGACAUGUCUGUGAAUGUCCAGAUGGAUUUUAUGGUCCUCACUGCGAGAAAGCUCUUUGUACACCACACUGCAUGAACGGUGGACUCUGUGUUAUGCCUGGAUUGUGCAUCUGUCCUCCUGGGUUUUAUGGCAUCAACUGCGAUAAAGCAAACUGCACAACCACCUGUUUCAAUGGAGGAACUUGUUUUUAUCCAGGGAAAUGCAUUUGUCCUGCAGGACUUGAAGGAGAUCAGUGUGAAAUUAGCAAGUGCCACCAGCCAUGUAGAAAUGGAGGUAAAUGUACUGGUAAAAACAAAUGCAAGUGCUCUAAAGGCUACCAAGGAGAUCUUUGUUCAAAGCCUGUCUGUGAACCAGCUUGUGGAUUAUAUGGGACCUGUACUGAACCCAACACAUGCCAGUGUCAGGAAGGUUGGCAUGGAAGACACUGCAAUAAACGGUACGGAGCCAACCUUGUCAAUGCCCUGAGGCCUGCAGGCACCAAGCACAGGCAGCAGCACACACCUUCACCUAAGAAAGCUGAAGAGAGGCAAGAGCCUGCUGAAUCCAAUUAUAUCUGGUGAACCACCACAUCUGAGACGUUUUAUGUUACACAAAGUUCAUAGCCUUCAUUAACCUUUCAUGUGUUGAAUGUUUCAAAUGCUGUUCAUUACAUUUUAAGAUUACUGGCCUGAAUUUUACUAGCUUCAUUAUAAACCACUGAGCUGAUAUUUACUAUUCCUUUUAAGUUUUACUUCUCUAGCACAGUUAUGUAGGCUUCUUCAGUUAUAUAGGUUUCUUGUUUCCAGUGUUUUUGAACAGUUCCUUUUUUUGUACUAUAUUUCAGCGCUAUGUCGAGUUAAAAUUUCUUUCCUCUUCAGAAAUUCCUCAGAACCAUUUGACAAAAAGGGGAGAGUGUAAAAAUGCUGGUCUGGAACACACCAUUUCCCCCUCUGGGUUGUGUCUAGAUAGUUUUUAAAAGUAGAACAUUUCAUUUUAGUUUUGCCAUGAUGGAGUUUUACCUGUUUUGUUUAAUAAAACAAACAUUUUCUAAUUUAAAACCAAUCCCCAUGCCUGCAUAAUGCUGUGUAUGAAGUACGAUGUGGUUGUGGUAUUGAAACAAUAUAAUAUAUUGGAAACAAAGUAGAACUAUGAAGUGUGAACUCAGUUUUUGCAUUGGCUUAUAGCAAUAUAAUAUAUUGUACACAAAACGGCUCUUUGUAAUAAACAUUUUUAUACUGAUCAUUACAUAUGUAAUAAAGAUGCUCCUUUA